AUGCCUCGUCCUCGCCCCGACUCCAUCUCGAACACGCCUCGCCCUCGCCCGGACUCCAUCUCGAACGUGCCUCGUCCUCGCCCCGUCUUCAUCUCGAACACGCCUCACCCUCGCCCGGACUCCAUCUCGAACACGCCUCACCCUCGCCCGGACUCCAUCUCGAACACACCUCGCCCCGACUCCAUCUCGAACACGACUCGCCCUCGCCCGGACUCCAUCUCAAAUACACCUCGCCCUCGCCCGAACUCCAUCUCGAACACAACUCGCCCUCGCCUGGACUCCAUCUCAAACACACCUCGCCCUCGCCCGAACUCCAUCUCGAACACACCUCGUCCUCGCCCCAUCUUCAUCUCGAACACGCCUCGCCCCGACUCCAUCUUGAACACGCCUCGCCCUCACCCCGACUCCAUCUCGAACACGCCUCGCCCUUGCCCCGACUCCAUCUCGAACAUGCCUCGCCCAGACGCCAUCUCGAACACACCUCGCCCCGACUCCAUCUCGAACACGCCUCGCCCUCACCCCGACUCCAUCUCGAACACGCCUCGCCCUUGCCCCGACUCCAUCUCGAACAUGCCUCGCCCAGACGCCAUCUCGAACACACCUCGCCCCGACUCCAUCUCGAACACGCCUCGUCCUCGCCCUGACUCCAUCUCAAACACGCCUCGCCCCGACUCCAUCUCAAACACACCUCGCCCCGACUCCAUCUCGAACACACCUCGCCCUGACUCCAUGUCAAACACACCUCACCCCGACUCCAUCUCGAACAUGCCUUGGCCUUGCCCUGACUCUGUUUCGAUCACGCUUUGA